AUGUGUUCUUACAAGUUCAAGAAACAAGGAGGAGGAGUUGUUGUUGAUAUUUCAUCACAAUCAGUACUCUCUCAUAUCAAUGGUCGCCCUGUUCUUCAACCAUACAACAAUUCCCACAAAAAAAAUAAUACAUGUAAUUUCAAGAUUUCACCUCCUCCUAUCUCUCCCAAAAUCAAGAAAGUUAAUGUGUUGAAUACAAAUAAUGAGAAAAUCCCAAAAUCAAGUCCUCCUAUUUCACCUAAAAUCAAGUCACCUAUCAAGAAAGUGAAGAAUGACUCUUCUUUUAUGAUUGUUGAAGUUGCUGGAAGUAUAGCAGCAGCAAGAAGGGAACAAGUUGCUAAUAUGCAAGUGCAGAGGAAACAGAGAAUUGCACAUUAUGGAAGAACUAAUUCAGCUAAGUUCAAUGCUGCUGCUGCUGUUGAUUCAACUUCUAGAGAAGCCAAAAGAUGCAGCUUUAUCACACCUAAUUCUGACCCUAUAUAUAUUGCAUACCAUGAUGAAGAAUGGGGAGUUCCUCUCCAUGAUGAUAAUCUGUUAUUUGAGUUGUUGGUAUUAACUGUGGCUCAAGUUGGAUCAGACUGGACUUCACUGUUAAAGAGAAGGCAAGAUUUCAGGGAUGCAUUUUCAGGAUUUGAUGCAGAAAUUGUUGCAAAAUACAAUGAAAAGAAGAUAAAUUCAACAAGCAUUGAAUAUGGAAUUGAGUUGAGCCAAGUUAGAGGGGUUGUUGACAACUCUAAAAGAAUUUUAGAGAUGAAGAAACAAUUUGGGUCAUUCCACAAGUACCUAUGGGGAUUUGUGUGCAACAAGCCCAUUAAAACACAAUACAAGGCUUGCAACAAAAUCCCAGUAAAGACAUCAAAAUCAGAAACAAUGAGCAAAGAUAUGGUGAAAAAAGGAUUUAGAUAUGUUGGCCCAACAAUUAUACACUCUUUCAUGCAGGCAGUUGGGCUUACCAAUGACCACAUUAUCACUUGUCCAAGACAUGUCCAAUGUGCUACUCAAAAACCAAUUGCUAUGUGAAAAUUUCACCUACUAACAUCAACAAUUAAUAUAUUACUAGUAUUGUUUAGUUUUAUAAGACAUUGACUUAACUAGUAACCAAUAUAAGUUGUUAAGAUUGUAAUACAUAUAUAUACCCUUUUAGUUUUUUUUGUUUUUUUUGUUUUGGUGGUUAAUUUAGAGGUGUGUGAAGAAGUAGGUGUUUUAUUUGUACAAUAUUUGGUUGUAGUUGAAAAAAAAAGUAGAGAAGAUAUUGGAAGUAUGAUUUAGUUAUGUUUGGAUAUGUGAAUGAAAAUAAUUUGUUCCUUAAA